AUGAAUAUAAUCUCACAUAAAACAUAUAAUGAUGUAAAUAUUGAAGAGUAUGAAUAAAAUGGAUGGAAUUUCAUUUUCACUAAGGCUGGAAUGUAUAAUACAUCAGAUUUGGAUAUGUUAUAAGAUGCAUUGACUUUGUAAGGUAUUCCAGACAUUACAAAUGGCAAUAAUUGUGGAUUGAUUUACAAUAAGCAAUGUAAUUUUGGUUUUUUGGUGGAUCCUAAAGAUGCAUUAUAUUUAUGCAAUUAUUAAGCAAGAGAAUCGAAUUAUGUUGAUAUUUAAAAGGAGUUGAAAUCAAAUAAAUUAAACUAUAUAUCUGUGAUACCAGAACAAGCUUAACUUAAAUAUGCAAAUAUUUGGAAUCAGAAAUAAAAUGAAGAUAUAAAAGUAUUAAAUAAAAUAUCUGAUACAUUUUAUUCAUCUCCUUAUAAGGGCACAAUAGUAGAUGGGGAUCAAAUAGGUUAUUAAUUUUAAAGAUUCAAACAAAUCACCGGAAUUAAAGGAAAAUCAAUAUUUGAGAAAUAAUUGAAUGAGAAUCUUAUAAAAACAGAAGUAGAGUAUUUAAAUUAAGUUUUUAAUACAAAAUCAUAAACAUUCCAUUGUGAAUAUACAUAAGAUGAGAUACCAUUAAAUAAUUUAACUUAAGUAAAUUUAAUGUUGUAUAAUAAUUAUAGGCGAAUCCUAUAAAAUGGGCAUCUCAUAUAUCUUUGUUUGAAGAUGAAUUAGGUGAUAAUGGAUUAUCGAAUUGUGAAUAUAGAUUUAGAGUUAUGGGAGAUUGCUUUUUUGGAUUGAUUCGUAGUUACUUAAGAAUUGAUGAUGUCUUAAUAAGAAUUCUUGAUACAAGAAUAUAUCAUUAAUUUGAUUGGGAUUAUGUUUUAAGAGAUUUUACACACAGAGAGGAUUCUUGGGGUAUAGAUUCAUUAAUAAAUUUAAGUUAAUAUCUAAAAGAAUGGAUUUAAUUUUACUCCUUAAUGGUCAACUGAUCAGAACCAAUCAUUUAUAAUUUAAAAUUCAGUUCCAAUUUAAUUACAUAUUAAUGAUAAAAUAUAUUUUAAAGCUGCUUGAC